AUGGCCUCUCGCAGCGCGGGCACCCUACUGUCCGAGUUCAAUGCCGCCUACGUGCCCCCUGCCCUCAUGCCUGGAUACAGAGGCCAUGUUCCCGGUGUGGCCUCCUCCUUCGGUUCCACCUACGGCACCACCACCUUCAAGUACUUCCAGGACUACCGCAAUGCAGCCAUGGAGAAGGGCCACACCUGCUUCUGCAAAAGCGGCCACUUCCCGACCAUCUUCUCCCCGAGCCCCAGCCUCAUGCAGAGUCACUGUGCCCGCUGGCUGCUCAAGCCCACCUACACCCGCUUCAACCUGGACAGUGACCGCUCCCUCGAGCUCACCCGCUUCUACCAGCUGGCACAGCAGCAUCGCCAACACUAUCGAGACAAGACAGGCCUGGUGCCCCGGAUCCCCUACUUCGUGCUGCCUGUGGAGGAGCGCGAGCGGUACCCCAUCCCCACCGACCUGCCUCCUCUGAGCGCGAAGAAUAAGUGGCACCUUUUUAGAGUCUCCCCCGAGAACCGGAAGGUCUACCAGACAUUCCCAUCGGGGAAGAGGGUCGCCUACCAGGAACGGCAGAGAAGAGACGUCUACUUUGAGUUCAGAUCGUGA